UUGGUUCACAUGGAACGGCACCCCAGACCUCGGCAUGCAUUUGGGUUCGGUGAGGCAGCGUCUAAGGAGAGGCGUAGGCACCUGGCGGGUUGAGUGGGGAUACAGGCUGAGGAGAGGCGAGGAGGACCAAGGGAGCGAGGCCGCCGCGGAGGUGUACACUAGUCUACACAUCAUAUGCUGCGAAAGCAUCUCUGACAGGCGAAUUCAGCGGGAGCCUCGUUAGCGAGAGCAUGCAAGGGAUUUCCCUGUGCCAUACGGGUUGGGGGAAAUUGACUGUCUGGUUUGUUCCAUUUGAAAUGGGGCAUGCAGGUGUCAUUUGGGGCGUGAUCGUGAGCCCCCACCCACAUAUAUUUUGUGUGGGUGACUGUAACCCCGGUGUGGUGGUGAUGACACCCCGGCCUUUGUGUUCGGGGUACAAGGAAGGGUCCAUGCCGUUUCACUUUAUUUGAAAGAGGAUUUUUUAUGCUUAUGUUGGUAUAUGCUGAUAGGGCAAUCGCGUUCCGAGCGGAAGUGGUUGGCCUCGCCUUUACCGAACGUGUCACCAGUGUCGCCGGACUGGUUUCUGGGUGGGGCUGUUCUCCGUAUAUUUCUGUUCCUGUUGUUAAGUGUUAAGACGUAUUUGUGACCAUUAAGUGCAUGCAGUAUUCCCAUGAACGUUUUCGCGUGUAGACUACCCUUUCCGGUGUGUGGUUGGCCUU